UGGUGCAUGUAAUCCGUGGUUUGUUUUGCCGCAUGUGCGGACCUUGGCGGGCCGCGUUUACCCGUGAUGAGCUUGGUUCGUUGCACAAAUUUCGAAGCAGGCUGCAAAUUUCCGUUCGCAUUGUUGAAGAUCGGGGCUAUCCAUUUUCCGGGCGUGGCAGUGGCCUGAUGGAGCCAGUCACGCCCGAGCCAGCCACACCGCCGCUCGAGACCACGCCCGGCCGCCGCAUUCCGGCGCGCAACACGCCCACGCUGCGCAGCGCCACGCGCGAGCAGCUGGCCGAGGCGCGCGACGAGCCGGAGCCCGAGCCCGAGCCGGAGGCAGAGCGAGAGCCGCGGCCGGCGGCCGUUCGACCCGCCAGACAGCCCGUUGGCUGCCGGAAACGCGGCCGAGAUGCAAUCGAGGAUGACAAAAAGUCUGAUGCUCCACCAGAGAAGAUUAAAAGAACAUGGGAGAAGUGGUCAACAUUUGAUAAAACUAUUUUUUUUGAAGCAUUAAAUGAGUUUGGCAAGAACUUUGAGGCUUUACAAACAUACAUUGCAAAGAAAAAGAGCAAAAACAGGCCAGACCAAGUCAGAAAUCGUGACCAGAUCCGCUUCUUUUACUACCGGACAUUGAACAAGAUAUCAAAAUAUGUCCAAUUCCCAACCAACGUGAAGCGCUACAUCCAGGAGAUCUACCUGCUGGUCAACUACGGCGAGCUGCGAAAGCGGAUCACCAAGCUGAACGAGCGGAGCGGCCAGCGCCUCAACGAGCUGGUGUACCGCGGCAGCACGGCCGUCCGGUUGCGCGGCAAGACGUACCGCAUCCGCACGCCUGUCUGCCGCGCCCUCAAAAAGAUCAACAGGAUCCAGGACCCGGUGGAGGAGCCGUUCGUGCGGCUGCCGGCGCGGACGCAGGUGGAGCUGACGCCGGCGGACAACGAGUCCUGGUACCGGGUGCAGGCGCUGUCGCACAACCCGCGCCUGCGCGCCACGCUGCCUCUGCAGCACCGGCUGCGCUCGCUGCUGUUGGCGCUGGAGAAGCGCUGGCGCUCCGACGCAGACCGAGCCCUGAGAUCGGCGUCUCCGGACGACCCCCCGCCACCGCCGGCGCGCCGCCUGGUGCUGCGUGCCACGGCCGACUACAAGCUGUCGGCGCAGGUGAUCCGGCCCGCGCCGCCGGCGCCUCUGCUUAACCUCUGCUUCGAGCGCUACCAGGAGCGGAUGACACUGUUGGAGGAGCUGCAGCAGCAGCGCCUAGAGAAGUCGCAGCAGCAGCGCCAGGAGAAGCCGCAGCAGCGGUGUCCGGAGGACGAGCAGGAGCGGGAGCGGCUGCGGCGCCAGCUGGAGGAGGCGGCGCGCCGCCGUGACGAGGAGGAGCUGCGUGAGGAGCAGGAGCGCAGCAGGCUGGAGCAGGAGCGGCGCCAGACCGAGCGGAUUCAGCGCAGCGAACUGGACACCGGCUGGACGGCCGAGACUGCUGGCACGCGCACUAUCGGCGAGCUCUAUAUGAUGGUUAACCGGCCGGAGAGGAUAAGGCUGCAGUACUUCUGGCUGCCAGAGAACGUGAGCGGCCACGAGCUGUCCACCACCGCGGGCGGCUCGAAGCCGUCCGUGAAGCCGGUCGAGGGCGACGUGCCAGACACUGAGUCGGCCGACCAUAAGUGGGCGGAGCAGCUGGCCGACGCCCGCUCGCUGGUCGCUCCCGGUGACACGAGCGCCGAGGGCCGCAGGGUCAAGAUGCUCACCUCGAUGCUCUCCCAACUGCUGAACUUGGCGCGCCUCUCCAAAGUCAAGACGGAGCGAAGCCGCGUGGGGCCGCUGGUGACGUGCGGCACACAGACGCCGCCUAGUUUGGCGCCGCGGCCGGCCGGCACGCGCGAGCAGCUCUACUACCUGUCGGCGGGCGUGCGGCCGCCGGAUCCGCGACGGCCUGUGCGCAUCGCGCCCGCCUACAAGUCGAUGCCGCCGCCGGCCAACGACGCCGCCGGCGUCAUGCGGCCUCCGCUGGAGACAGCGCUGCGCGACCUGCCUAGGUACAACAACCGGCGCGGCCGGGUGGGGCGCAAGAGCCAGGUGGUGGUGCAGCGCAUGCUGCCGCUAAUGCCGCGCACCCAGCCCAACCAGAUCUCGAUGGUCAACCUGCGACUGGUGGCCGGCG